CGGGUGUGGUGGAGCCUGCAAAUACAUAACAGUUGAUGGGAAAGUAUAUUGAACAUACAUUUUAGGAUGUAGUCCUGUGUGUGUGAUAUAUUACAUAUUAUUUGUAUUAAGCUGGACAACUAUACAAAACAUUGGUGUCGUACUAUAGAAACGAAUAAUGUUAUCUCGCCUAGACUAGACUGACCAGGCGCUGACCAAAACGCAUUGAAUGAAAUGCAUUGGCCAAGCCCACCCAGCAUAGACAUAUGGACCCAAAACGCAUUACAUCAUAUGCAUUGAACAAGCCCACCUGGCCAUAGACAUAUGGACCCAAAACGUAUUGAAUGAAAUGUAUUGACAAAGCCCACCCGGCCGUAGACCUAUGGACCCAAAACGUAUUGAAUGAAAUGCAUUGACCAAGCCCACCCGGCGGUAGACAUGCAACCGGCCGUCAGUGACGAAUGUGAUUCGUCGGAGGUUAUAACGACCGUCACUGGUUGAACUGUACAUUUGACUGCCUACGUAGGAGUCCAUUCAGUGUCAGAAUUGGAAAUAACGUGAAUCGGACUAACUUUUUUUGUUGGUGUUUGUCUAGACUAGUUUAAACUAGACGUAUCGUGUUACUUUGGGAUACUGUAAAAUGGCCUUGGAGUCGGACAUCCCGCUCCCUGUCGCAGGGAUAAUGAUAGCAGUGUUAUCAAGUUUGAUCAAUGGAUCCACAUUUGUGCUCCAGAAAAAGGGGAUGCUGCGUGCGGAAGCUAAAGGCAAUUCGCAUCUGAAGGAUCUGGUGUGGUGGAGCGGCACCCUCUCUAUGAUUGUGGGCCAAAUUGGGAAUUUUUUUGCCUACAAUGCGGCACCAGCUUUGAUCGUCACGCCCUUGGGAGCCCUGGGAGUGUUGUUCGGGGCUGUGCUGUCCUGGUGGAUUCUGCGGGAGCGUCUGGAGCUUCUUGGCCGGCUGGGCUGUGUGCUGUGUUGCUGCGGCACCGUGGUUCUGAUAAUCCACGCUCCCCCGGCGCAGACAAUCUCCUCCAGGACCCAGCUGGAGGCAAGCCUCCUCGACCCAGUGUUUGUGUGCUACUCCUUCCUCGUUCUCCUGCUGCUGAUUGGUCUGAUCUUCUGGGUGGCCCCGGUGCACGGCAGCUCCAACAUCAUGGUGUACGUGUCCAUCUGCUCUCUGCUUGGUAGCUUCACCGUGCCCAGCAGCAAGGCACUGGGCCUGGUGGCAGAGGAGGCCCUCUUCAGUGGGGGAAGUCCAAGGGCUCUGGUCCUCUUCUUUGGCUUACUGGGAAUAUUGUCCGCCAGCGUGAUCACCCAGUUCCUCUUCAUCGAUAAAGCCCUGCAGCGGUUCAGCUGCAACAUGUUUGAGGCUCUCUACUAUGUGUCCUUCACAUGCUCUGUGCUGCUGGCGUCGUCUCUGCUCUUCAAGGAGUGGAGGGGGCUGACGGUGGUGGACAGCCUGGCCAUGGUCUGUGCCCUGGCCACCAUGUUUGUCGGUGUGGUGCUCCUGAGAGUAUCCCAUGAGGCCGUACUGAUGUGGCCGAAGGGCGAGGACAAGCAGAAAGUAGAAUAAUUAUUUUUAAAGAACAAUUGAAUACAACUUUUAAAGAGUUUUCAUUGAUGGAGUUGUAAAAUGCCUAACCAAAGAACUAGUGCGUAGUGACAGUUCUGGUUGUGAACACACGUGUGUGCACCUUUUUCCUUCAAAUUAGCACAACAUGCAAAUUUCAUUCGUUUUCUCUUAUUUUGCUUUUCCUGAAUUUAUUAUUCGUUUUGAACCCAUUUUUUAUCACAGUAAUACACAAAUUCCUUUCAUUGCAUUCCAUUCCUGAUGUACUAGUUAUUUGCUGUGAAUAAAGUGAUGAGGAAACAAGUAGAAAGCAACUAUACUGAAAACUAAAUACUAAAACACUAUUCUACUGAUGUACAAGCAC